GGGACAAGGGUUUGGGUGGGGGGGCUGGAGCCCCUGUCUGUCGGUUUCACAGUGCAUGAUCUCCUUUGUGCCGAAAGGAGGGAAAAGGGGAGGUCCCAGCUCACGACUUAAUUACUACGAGAUGGAAAAAAAAAAGUCAGAGCCUUACCUCUAAUAACGAGAAAGAGAGAGAGAGAGCAGGAGAGAUUAAGAGAGAGUAGACUAGUAAAAAAGAGAGUAAGAGUUUUUUUUUGGGGGGGGAGAGAGAAAGAAAGAGAGAGAAGCCAAAAGAAGGGGGGCUCAGCUGAAAACUGACUAGGUAGCUCUGGCAGAGGUGAGUCAGUGUUAUAAGAAUGAAACAGCUGAAGGCACGACACUCAGGUGUUCACACACCAUCACCGGUCUACCGCUAAGCUUCCUAUCUGCAUCUGCCGAGAAUUCAUCCACUUACAGCGAAAACCCCUAAUGAAAAAAAGUCUGGACCUUUGUUUUCGGCACCUAUUACGGGUGAGUGUAACUAAAGAGGAACUUUACUAAAGGUUUGGCCGCCCGCUGGUUUUCCGGUCAAUGAGCACGUCAAGUGUUUGGAGGCUUGAGAAAACAGACGUCCACUGACAGAGUCUGACAGAAGACCCAGGAGGAGGAGAGAGAGGACAGGGCUGGGACAAGAGAGGAGAGACGUACCAGGAGGAACAGAGGGAGAAAGAGCCAUGGAUUUGUCAUGACCGUUUUCACAGAAGAGCCUGUGUCAAACCAAGCCGGGAAGACAAGGGAUUUAAAGGAGUGAGAGAGAGAGAGGGGGGACGUGAAAGAAGAGAGGUGGAGAGACCGACGCAGUUCUGAGACCAUCCCUUUAAAGGGCUGUUCAGCAAAAUGACUGUCGCCCUGGUCCUCCCUUUGCUGUUGCUGGUCUGCUGGCCUGUCUCCACACUGCAGACAGAGGCCCAGGAACUGGAGAGCAGAGACGACGUUCUGGAGCGGGAGUUCCUCUACGCCGGGCGCUCCAAGCGCGCCGUGGCGGCCGACGCCUCCUCGCAUGAGGACAAGUGCUCCUACACCUUCAUCGUGCCGCAGCAGAAGCCGACCGGCGCCAUCUGCGUCAACACCAAGGAGCCCGACAGCGUCCCGGAGAACCGGGUCAACAAGCAGGAGCUGGAACAGCUGAACGGCGAGCUUCAGAAGCAGCGGCGGCAGAUCGAGUCGCUGCAGCAGCUGGUGGAGGUGGAUGGCGGCAUCGUCAACGAGGUCAAGCUCCUGCGCAAGGAGAGCCGGAACAUGAACGCCCGGGUCACCCAGCUCUACAUGCAGCUGCUGCACGAGAUCAUCCGCAAGCGCGACAACGCCCUGGAGGUAUCGCAGCUCGAGAACCGCGUGCUCAACCACACCUCUGAGAUGGGCCGCUUGGCGUCGCGCUACCGCGACCUGGAGCACAAGUACCAACACCUGUCCGCCCUCGCCGGGAACCAGAGCGCCCUCAUUGUUCAGCUGGAGGAGCACUGCCGCCGGGGAGGCCAAUCGCACGGCGGCGAGAGAGAACGUUCUCGGCCGGUUCGCCCUCAGGCCCCCGUCGUCCCUCAGAUACCCCCACAGCAGAGGCCAGUGGCGCCGGUGGAGCCUAAACCCUACCACCCACCCACGUACACACGCAACAACCAAAUCACCAACGAGAUCCAGAGCGACCAGAACUCCAAAGGCCUGCCGCCUCCACUGCCCACAAUGCCCAGCGGCACCCACCAGCCAUCCACCACAAACAUGCCCUCCGGGCCCUUCAGGGACUGCCUCGCCGCGCUGGAGGAAGGCCACACUGGCAGUGGCAUGUACCUGGUCAAGCCGGAAAACGCCAACCGGCUGAUGCAGGUGUGGUGCGACCAGAGGCACGACCCCGGCGGCUGGACCGUUAUCCAGAGACGUCAGGACGGCUCCGUCAACUUCUUCAGGAACUGGGAAACCUACAAGCAAGGUUUUGGGAACAUUGAUGGUGAAUACUGGCUGGGUCUUGAGAACCUCUACUGGCUGACCAACCAGGGCAACUACAAGCUUCUGGUGAUGCUGGAGGACUGGUCCGGUCGGAAGACCUUUGCCGAAUACGCCAGCUUCCGCGUUGAACCAGAAGCGGACUUCUACAAACUAAGAGUCGGACGCUACCAUGGCAACGCUGGGGACUCCCUCACUUGGCACAAUGGCAAGCAGUUCACCACUCUGGACAGGGACCACGACGUUUACACUGGUAACUGCGCCCACUACCAGAAGGGUGGCUGGUGGUACAACGCCUGUGCACACUCCAAUUUGAACGGCGUGUGGUACCGGGGAGGGCACUACCGCAGCCGCUACCAGGACGGCGUGUACUGGGCCGAGUUCCGCGGCGGGGCUUACUCCCUGAAGAAAGUGUCCAUGAUGAUUCGGCCCAACCCCAACACGUUCCACUGAGAUCGCGAUGCCCCCCAACGCCCACGGAGGCCAGAAGCCAAAUCGCAGCCAAACUUUUAUUUUUUUAACGGGCAUUUCCUUUAAAACAACAACGUUCACCCGGUGCUGAGAAUAGGUGCAAUUGUUUCAUUUUCUUUUACAUUUUUGGUUUUAUUUACAGCUUCUGUCUUGGCCUUAUUUACUUUUGAGUACCAUGUUUAAUCGCUUUACUUAAUACAUAUCCAGAUGAUUAAGCAUAGAAGUGCAAUAAAUGUCUUGGAUCACAGAGACAAGGGUGUCGUAUCUCCCACCACUGCUUUUAAAUCCCUCUCACAGGACCCAUCCGACAUUCUUUGGAGGUACAGGUCAACAUGUUGGACCUUUGUCUUGGACUAGCAGGGUAGUCAAAUUCCCUUCGGAGGAGGUUGCGAAACUACUGCAACUCAGGAGCCAGACUACGACAGGAGCCAAACUACGUGAUCUUCAUGUCCAUUAGGACCUUUGCACAUAUUUUGCUGAAUGAAUGAAGUGACGUUGGUGCCAGUGGGGUUACUCUACAGUUGCUCUGGAAAACCAAGGGACAAGUGUGUACUACAGUAUAUUCAUUGGUUGAGAAAAAGAAAAAAAAGGGGGGAAAUAUCUGUAAAAUAUUUGUUGUUGUUGAUAAAGAAUAGAGCACAUCUUCAUUAAACACAUUUGACAGCUCAGAUCCCUCUUCUGUCAUCAGGAUAGCAUGCAAUAAUAAUAAUUAUAAUAAUGCUUGAAAAUUUUUACUCUAAAGAAACGCGACACAGGAAUACAUUUCCAGUGACCCUAUCUAAAGAAACAAAUAAAAUAAAAGGUUGCUUUUCUGUUGGGCUGACACUCAAAGCCUAGAUUUACAAGGGGUGACAAAACUACUUUUUUUAUAUAUAUAUACAUAUUUUCCUGUAGUUUCCUACAAGUCGUUUAGAUUGACGGGUAUCUGUUGGCCUGACAUCUGAGUCAACAUGGAGGGGCAUUCAUUUAUACAGCAGGGCAGUAAUUUAAACAUUUUUAAGCUUUUCUCGUCGCUCAGCUACUAUGAGGAAUUCCCAAUAGGAGGACUAAACUGACUGACUGACUGGCCGGCUGGCUGACUGAGUGAGUGUCAUGGGGUUUGAAAAAGGGGAAGCGGGCCGUGAACCAACAGCCUUGAUCUUUCCCCCAGAGGCUUUGGACACUUGGAAAGUAAUCAUGGCUGUGUCUUAAUUAACCAUCGCGGAGAAGGGGUCAACCAAUCCACCCAACCUCUCUCCAAAGGUGUGUUGACUCAGUGAAAACCGCCCAGCUUUACUGUUUAUCCAUUAGGAGGGCGAGGGCAGACCCAAGGUCAAAGGUGAUGGUACCUCUUCAAAAGUGAGCUAACGAGAGAGUUCUCAACAGAGUUAUGCCAUCCAAAUACAGGUUGAGUGAACUCAAUUUAAAAAAAUGUGCAGACAAUUUUCACACAAAUGUCUCACCGGUACGAAUGCCUAUCAACCCUGUUAAUUACAGCCCUCACUUUGUUCACGUAGCCUGAGCUUUAAGGAGUGAUGGAGGACAAUGUGGGCUCUUUGCUGAUUCAGAGGACUGAUCUAUUGAGUCGUAUCGCUCAAGUAGUUGGCAGGCCCCCUUUUAGUUCUGCAUCGAACCUAGUGUGUCAAAGUUGAUUUUUCCCGAUACCGUCUGGUUGACAGCCCACUAGCACAGUGCCAAUAAUAAUCCAGUAGCCUGGUGCUAGGAGAACCAACUACCAAGUGGUCUUUGAGUGUAUGUACAUACAAUGUCUGAUUAAGAGUAUUUUUGUAAUAUAAGCCAUCGAACUGUUGUGUAUUAUCAGAGCCUUGCAAUAAACUAUGUACAGCC